AUGGUGCAUGAUGGAUAUUUCUUUGCUGUAAUGAUGAAAGAACAAAAAUUUCCAAGUUCUUUAAAACAAGAUGUCUCCUUUUCUAAUCAAUUGAAUCUUCAUGAACAAUUAAGGAUCAUUAAAGACAAAAAUGAUUUUACAAACGAAUUUUUUACGGCUGUGAAAAUUUAUACUAAUAAUCAAUCCAAAAAGAUAAUAAACUCUGACCAUAACGCUUGUCAAAUUACUAUCGAAGUUGAUAGUGAUUCUUCAUUGACUGACACCUCAGAUUCUGACUCGGAACCCACAACUGAUGAUGAACUUAUUUUACAACAAUCUAUUCAAACAGAAUCCAAAAAUAUUCAAGAGCAAGCAACGAAUAAUUGUCUACAACCUGCAGCUAUCAAUUCUUCACAAUCAAAAUUUUCUAAUGAUCAACAAAGUCAAUUGCAAAAUAUUUACGUCUGUCCACAAAAUAAUGCAUUGAAAAUAGAAAACUACGUGGUGAAAUCUGAAUUAAGCAAUUUAAAAGCAAAAUACACAGUCUUGGAAAAGGAAAGCAUCCAUUUAAAAGAAAAGUAUGAAUCACAAGAAAUAGGAUUCAGAAAAACAAUCAAAGACCUCGAAAUCACAAUCAAAGACCUUGAAGCAGAACUCAGAAAUAACGAAAUAAAGUUUAAAGCAGAACGUAAAGACCUUGUAACAGAAUUAAAUUUGUUAAAAAACAAGAACAAAGAAGCUGAAACUAGACAAAAACAAUUGGAAAAUAAGAUCGACGAGAUAAUUGAAGAUCGUGACCAGCUAAUACAUACAAUAAAUGAUUUAUGA